UAUUGAUAGCUCCAGGGGGGUCGUGGCUGAGUUCGAUGCAAUUAAGGACGUACCCGCUAGCCGUUAUCCACGUUGAAAUCAACCAAUUAUAGGGCCACAUGGUGCCCAACCACUGUAUCCACCCAUUCUGCCACUCAGCUGCCAACUUUGUCGGUUUACACGACAAACACAAUCUUGCACCUUGCACCUUGCACCUUUGCACCUCGCAUCUCUCAACCCACCCCCUUAUCCUCAGGUGUCAACAAUACCAAUUACACCAGCGACGACGACGACGUCAACCAGAGGAACCCCGACAAAUCAUAUCUCUUCUGAUUUCUUUUUUUUUUCUUUUCUUCUUUUCUUUUUUUUGCAUCUCCCCCUCCGCAUUGUCCCCUCGCCCGACCAGCAAUAACCGUCGUCUUAUUUUUUUCCUUGAGACAACAGGUCCUGGGUGAGGGUUUCAGGUGCGCUCGUUCGAAAUCCCACUCGAACGACACCGAAUUUGCGGAGGCAAAAUAUGCCUACUUUUAUAAACGACGAAAACUCGCCCAUCUAUUAUCAAAACCCCAGCGUGGUCCAUCUCAGAAAUAAUCACGAACCAGAUUUCCAGAAGCUUACUGAUACCAAGGAAGCAUUUCUUUCAAGGCCAUUAUCCACGGCAAUUGACACGAAUGAGAGCUUCGACGACAAUUCAUCUUCGCAUUCAUCGCAUAGCUCUGGCCCACGGGUACGAAUGAACGCGGAUGGGCUACCCCCUUCCAGCAUGACUCCCCUGCCCAAUGGCAGAUCGGGUAGAGAGAUGAACGGUGUGGCUUCGGCGGGUCAAGACUCUAACUAUUAUUCAAAUAUGAAAGGUUCUUUGUCUGGAAGAAGCUCGUUGGAGCCCCAGCCUACCACUAAUGGCGUAUUGCCGCCUCCCGAAAACCAGCGUAAAAGCAUGACCGAAUCCCAGAUAAAGCGGUCCUCGGUAGAGUCUCGCACAUCUGCACAAUAUACUAUCGAACAACUGCCGCGAAGAUCGUCAAACAAUGGCGAUUCUCAACACACGGAUAACGCCUACGGCAACAGUUCGGGUUCCAUAUCGCCAGACAAUUCAGCUUCCAACUACUUACAACCAAAUCCUUCAAAUUCUAACCUCGAUCCAGCUCAGCGCAGUUCUCCGUCUCCCCAGAGAUUUUCCUCCCCUCCGCAUUAUCCCCCGACCGGUGCUUCCGCGUCGACCUCGGCACUACCACCACCUGCGACUGGUCUAAAACAUCGACACACGCUGGAGGUGCCCAGGGCUCAGCCAAGCCGAGGUUCAAGGGAUAGUAACGACACGGUAUAUGCCAGUGGCAGAUUUUCUCCCACUGGCGCCGGAACAUCGCAGCGUCGAGGCUCUCUAAAUUUAGGAAGACGAAAUACGCGCUCCCUGCAUUCGGAUGUGCCUCGUGAUGAAGUACAGCCCGAUGACGACGCGUUGAGGUGGGCUGAAGCAUACCGGCAGAAGCGGGCAAAGAAAAAGAAGCAAGAAGAGGAUGAUGAUAGGGUUCUGGUUGGAACGAAAGUUGACGAGAACCACGCAAAUUGGACAACAGCAUACAAUAUGUUGACUGGUAUCCGGGUAUCAGUCUCGCGUACGAACGCCAAACUCGACCGUCCCCUGACCGACGCCGACUUUGAAACUAAGCAGAAAUCAACGUUCGACAUUGCGGGUAAUGAGUUGGUUCCCUCGGCGAAAUACGACUUUAAAUUUAAGGAUUAUGCGCCCUGGGUCUUCCGACAUCUUCGUGCGCUCUUUAGGUUGGAUCCUGCCGAUUAUCUAAUGUCGCUUACAGGCAAAUAUAUUCUAUCCGAACUCGGUUCUCCGGGAAAGAGUGGUAGUUUCUUCUAUUUCUCGAGAGACUACAAGUACAUCAUCAAGACCAUUCACCAUGGUGAACAUAAAUUCCUCCGGAAGGUCCUGAAAGAUUAUUACGACCAUGUUACAGAAAAUCCGAACACUCUGCUAUCCCAGUUCUAUGGCCUUCACCGCGUCAAAAUGCCGUAUGGGAAGAAGAUUCACUUUGUCGUCAUGAACAAUCUCUUCCCUCCUCAUCGAGACAUUCACACCACGUUUGACCUGAAGGGUUCGACGGUAGGACGAGAUUAUCGGGAAGAAGAACUUGAGAAGAAUCCCAGAGCUACGUUGAAGGAUCUCAACUGGCUUCGACGAAAACGGCACCUUGAACUUGGAAUACAGAAGAAGCAGCUCUUCUUGCAGCAGUUGGAGCGUGAUGUUCGACUGCUGCAAAAGUUGAAGAUAAUGGACUACUCGCUUUUGAUAGGCAUCCACGACUUGCGAAAAGGAAAUGAGGAAAACCUCAGGGGCAAGACUCUACAGGUAUUCAACCCUGGGGGAGAUAGUCCUUCGGAGGAAGAUCCCAGCUCUGUCCUGAUGAGGACACCGUCAAAGCUAGAAAAUGCACGCAAGGCGAGGGAGUUAAGAGAAAUGAUCAAGGCUGAGCGGCCUGUCCCUGUCGGCCAAACCAGCAGUAAAAUGCCGGACGAGCUAGCUGAAGGUCAUACCCGAGGUGGAAUGUUUUACAGCGAUGAUGGUGGUUUACGGGCAACUCACGAAGACAACACCCCGGGCGAAGAAGUUUAUUACCUUGGCGUCAUCGACUGUCUGACCCAUUACGGAAUGAUCAAAAAGAUAGAGCAUUUUUGGAAGGGUCUGUCUAGUGAUCGCAGUCAAAUCUCUGCCCUCCCGCCUGAGGAGUACGGCGAGCGAUUCAUUAAAUUUAUGUCCGGCAUUACGAUGUCUCCGGAAGAGGCUGCAAAGGAGGAGCUUGAUCGUGAGGCCGCCGCUGCGCAUGCUGCAGCUGAAAUGGAGCGCACCAAACAAGAAGCCUUACAGGCGCCCGGGUCAAGUAGUGCACCGCCUGCACCGUCGUAUUUGCCUCCGGCACCCCCAGGUAUGAGAAGCCCGAAUUCGCCCGAACCAAAUCCCGUUGUAGAAAAAGCCCUAAAGAAGGCUGCCAAGAAAGAGAAGGACCUUGCUAAAGAGGAACAAGUCCCGGAACGCAAGAUUACGACGGCUAUAUCACCAGGAGCGAGAUCCAGCUCGCAUGCUGUUCUCCCAGUUGUUGAGGAGACGACGGAAGCAGGCUCAGUCGGUGGGAGGAGUCAAGGAGAUAGUGCUAGCGGGUCCCGACCUUACACGCCAUCGAUAACAGAGAGGCAGGACGGGUUCACUACCUUGGGCCCUCAUGGUAUUGGUGGUAGGGGCCCACCAACACCGCCAAAGACUAGUUACCUAGAAGUAGGCCACGGAUACGAAGAGGAGCAGAAAAGAGGCGGCAGUAGUGGAUUUAGGUUUUUGAGGAGUAAGAUCAGUCGCGAAAGCCUUAGAAAGACCUUGCCACCAGUUCCAAGCAUGAAUAUCGAGGAACAGAAGCAAAGUAAUAUUGAGAGAAGAGCUCGGGGCCUAAUGAGAAAUCCAAGUUUGGGUCCAUAUCGAAGACAAGGGGCCUGA